UUAUGGUGUGGGUGUUUUGAUUUUAUAUCUUCCCUUUUAGGUCUUCAAAAUAAUUAAAAUCCUUUCAAAAUGUCUCAAAAUACUUGUAUUUUAUCAAUAUUAGCAUGUAUAUUUUUAACAUUCUCUUAUGUUGCAAGCCUUUACGUGUGGAGGUCUAAAUUGAGCAGAGACCACCCUUCAACGAUAAAAAGACGGUUUUUUAGUGUGUCUUGUAUGAUGUUGCUGGCACCAUUUGUUACUCAAUACUUUUUGACUGAUAUGUCUCUGACUAGAGGUGAUGUGUAUGAUCAAUUGGGUCUGCGAGCACCAGGUUUCAUAAACGCUUUAAUAUUACCGCUAGUCCUGACUGCCGUUUUGUUUUUGGGGCCUCUCACCAUGCAGUUUUUGUCAGGAAUUUGGACUAUAUAUAGAGCACCAGCAUAUUGGUGGUCAAGUUGGCAUGACCUAGUAUGGGUACGGAAUCACGUCAUGGCUCCCCUGAGUGAGGAGUGGGUCUUCCGUGCGUGCAUGAUGCCAUUACUACUUCAGUGUCUCGAGCCAAUGACUGCUGUGUUUGUUGGGCCUGUGCUCUUUGGCAUAGCUCAUUUCCACCACAUGUUUGAACAAAUGAAGGCUGGUUUUGAAUUUAAGACUGCUCUUAUGAUCUCAUCAUUCCAGUUUAUGUACACUAGUCUAUUUGGUGCUUAUUCAGCAUAUUUAUUUCUAAGGACAGGGCAUUUCAUUGCUCCACUGAUGGCGCACAUGUUUUGCAACCACAUGGGUUUCCCGAACUUCGCUGAGAUUGGCGAGUACCCGCCAUUACAGAGAAUAGUCAUAGUUAUUAAUUUUCUAUUAGGGUUCACUCUUUGGUGCCUUCUCCUCACAUCCUUGACGAGCCCAGACAUAUACGAUAAUAGAUUACAUUGGCAAACUUGAAUACAUAACGAAACAAAAUGGAAACUUUUGAAACAAUAAUGUUCGAAUCGUUACUAAGUAACUAAUUGACUUAUGAUUUUGAGAUAAUUACGUAAAUCUUUUUCAUACUGACUGCACAGAACGGAAACAAGAUAAAAUCUAUCGAUAAAGAGAGAAUAAACCAACAAAUACUUAUUAAGUUAUUUUUAAAUUAGAAUUAAAGAUUUCAGGAUUAAGUAACCAAAUAACCAAGUCGGUAGAUAUUUAGGUCCUUUACGAAUGCGUUAUUUAAUAAUCUUGAAAAUUGCAAUUUUAGAUCAAUAAAAAAUAAGUUUUU